AUUGUGAUACAUUUGGGAUGAUAUUAUGGGGAAAUCCUGUGAUUUAUGGAACUAAGAUCCCGACUGUAGGGAAAGCCAGGAGUUCAGGCUGUGCCCAACAGUUCUUUGUCUGGUGGGCUGAGGAUAAUGGGCUCGCGCUAUUACAACAACGCAGCAUUUGAGCCGCAGGAGGUCCCGAUGCGUCGUGACGCGUCGGUGCCCACCGCCUGGGUGGCCAUGGCACCACCGGCAGAGGGCUGGUCGUCCCAGGACGGCGACGCUGUGGAGAUGGAGGAGUGCGCCCCAACACGUGGUGGCGAGGAGUUCUACCAGCAUGGCCGCCAGUACUCGAGCUUCACGCAAACCCUGCUCCGAGGCAUGCCUUCCAGAUCCGCAAACGGGACGCGGACGCUGCGGCGGCGGCGCGGCAGCGGCUCCGAUCGGCCGGACGGCACGCUGCGCUCCUACCACGGCACCAUCCGCGGCGCCAUCGACGUGGCCCGCGGCGGUGACGACGUGGACGCUGUGGUGGACGCCAUCCAGGAGGGCGAGGGCUCCAUAGCGGACGCCAACAUGGCCCGCGAGGUGGAACUCAACACGCUGCGGGAGAUGGCGCGGCCGCUGGCCUACAAGCGGCAGGUGAAGCAGCGCCUGGAGCAGCGGGACCGGCACAGCAGCCGCCGGGUCGGCCUCGGCUCCCGCAUGGCCAGCUCCGCCCACUACUCUCUGGUGCAGGCCCGCCGCUCGCUGGGCGACCUGGCCGAGUUUCUCAAGCUGUGGAAGGGUCACCUGCAGCGAGUGCGCGGACAGCUGGGCAGCGGUGUCGCCACCUACUUCCAGUUCCUCGAGUCGCUCUUCUACAUGAACCUGGCCACCGUCGUCAUCGUAGUCGGGUUCCUGCUGGCGCCGCAGCUGCUGCUCCGGAGCCGCGCGCCGCGCGACGCCUUCGCCAGCUACUACGGCGUACCCCCGAACCAGACGGACGCCCGUCUGACGCCGUACGGCGGCAACGACGCCUUCAACUUCGGCAACCUGUUCACCGGCCAGGGCUGGCUGGUGGCCACCGAGCUGUUCUAUGGUUUCUACUAUCGCGGUACGCUGGCGCUGAUGGGCGGCCUCGUAUACCACAUGCCGCACGCCUAUUUCUUCACCGUCACGCUGUGUCUGGCGCUGCAGCUCUGCUUGCUGGCCGUGGUGACGGUUCGGCUGUACCGGGCCAACUUCAUCGAUGCAGCCGCCGUUUCCCGCAACGUGUUCUUCAACAAGGUGCUGUGCAGCUGGGACUUCAGCAUCGCCUCGGAGAAGAUGGCGGCGCUCCGGCACCGGGCCAUCUUCAAUGAGCUGCAGGAGAUGACGUGUGACGCCGUGCGGGAGCUGAAGGCCGGCGGUCAGGAGUCAGCAGGGGUGAGCAGCCUGGUCUGGCCCAUUCGCAUCUUGGUCAACACCAUCGUCACGGGCGUGCUGGUCGGCGUCGGCUUCCUCACCCACUUCCUCCUCCAGCAGCAGCAGAACGUGUCUCCGGGCUUCGUGCGGCUGGCCGCCUUCUCUGUCGUGGUGACGGUGAUGCUGUACGUCCUGCCGUACGCCUUCAGCGCGCUGGCGCGGCUCGAGCUGUACUCCCAGCAGCGGUACCAGGUGUACGUCACCCUGGCCAGAACGAUCAUGCUCGAGGUGGUGAUCCUAGGCGUGACGGUGGGCUUCUGGCUGGACAAGCGGACCGGACGUCAGUGUUGGGAGAACGAGCUGGGUCAGGUCCUGUACCAGCUGGUCAUCAUGGAGUUCCUCUUCACCAUAGCGUUCUCGUUCGUGUGCGAGGUGGCCAGAAACCAGCUGUUCAGGGCUGGGCUACAAUGGCUGGGGCGUCCCCAGUUCGAACUAGCCAACAACACCAUGUUCCUGGUGUACGCACAGUCGCUUGUCUGGCUGGGGCUCUACUUCAGCCCGCUGCUCUGUGUCAUUGGCACCAUCAAGCUCUUCUGCUCCUUCUACGUUAAGAAGUUCACCUGUCUGUCCAGCUGUGAGCCCGCCGCGAACACCUGGCGGGCCGCGCAGACACGGACCGUGUUCCAGCUGGUGGGCUUCGUCUCCAUGAUAGCCUCCAUGGUGGCCGUCGGGGUGGUGGUGUUCAGGGUGCGGAGCUCCAGCGGCUGCGGCCCGUUCCAGCAGCUGCGGCACCCCUGGCAGGUAGUGACGGACAUCCUGAACAGCUGGCACCCCAAGCUGCUGCACUACCUCUCCUACAUCACAGCGCCGGGUGUGGUUGUCUACAUCACGCUCGUGCUCGGGAUCCUGGUGUACUUCGGCCGCAAUGUAGCUCUGACGCACCAGCGGCGGGCGGCCGGUCUGCGGGGUCAGCUGCUGCUGGAGGGGCAGGACAAGCGGCUGCUGCUGCGGAUGAUCGACGAAGAGUCACGCCGGCUGCGCGCCACGGCCGAGGACGUGCAGUCGCUGGCGGCCGGGUCGGAGGAGGCGCAGGGCCGCUGA